UGGUGCACUGGUUGAAGAGCGUCUGACCGGCUGCACCAUUGGUAAAGCGCUGUUUCUGAGCAUGGUGUUCAUGACUGUGUUUGGAAGUUUCCUGUAUAUGGUGAUAUGGCUGAGGAGGAGACAUAAGGGACAGAUGGACCCAUUAGAGAGAGGCUGUGUGGCUCAGGGGAAACACCCUAACGUGAGUUUACGCUGGUUCCAAUUGUUGAGUCACCGUAGUUCCAUGCAGCAAAUGGAGGAAGAACCCUUCUCCAGUGAAGAGUUAGGGACCUGCAAUCCUUCCUUCAGUUUCACAGACAACCCCAGCAGCUACUCUCAACAAGACCCUCCCUCAUGCCAAGGAGCUGCUCCAACUGGAACAACUGCUGCAUCAGACACCAGCUUCAUCCCUAUUGAACCCGUGCUUAGCCCCGUGAUCUUCAAUAAUAUUGAUUCUUCACCAACCAAAAGCUCCUGCAGUUCACCCACCUUUCAUCUAGCAAUGGUGGAUGUGAGCCCCAUUCUCUUGACUCGAGAAAUGGCUCUAUCCAAUGAAAACCUUGUGUUGGCAACAGACAGUUCCCCUGAGCCUCCAGAGGAGCUACCGAGCACCAGAUCUAGCUCUACAACCCGUGAUACCACAAGCACUCUCCCUUACAAUUUUCCUGAUUCACAAACAACACAAACAAUGACCGAUGACCCUGCUGACCCUGCUGACCCGGCUGAUCCUGUAACCAGCCCUUCCUCUCAAUCCAGCAUUCCUUACAGUCAGGCACGAAUUGCUUCUGCAGAAAUAGACAAACCCAUAAACCGUAAACCUCGUGUGAAGACACCACCAUACUCACCUUUGCUGUCCUCGCCCCUCCCUAAGCAGACAAGCACCCCUCCACCAACCCCAGAGCUCCCCCCUGUAAAAGCCAAGCUGGUACAAGUAGAUACUUCUCCCCUUUACACACCCCCAGAAACACCAGAGCGAACAAGUACGAGUCAAAGCAUGGAAGCAAAUGAACCUUGCACGUCACUAGACACACCGGAACAUCAUGCUGGGGCAGCAAACACCGGCAGUGCAUCUGAGGACAGAGGGCCAUCCGUUAACUCACAAAACACACAGGACAGCCAUCGGCCGGGGGAGGAGGAUGAUGGUUUCCUGGGAGAUGAGGAUGCGAACAAGAACAGUGAGGCUGAGGAUGAGGAUGAUGAGUUAGCGCCAGACGAAGAAGAGCUGCUGAGAGUGAUGGCUCGUUGUAAUCCCAUUUUUAUCACAUUUAGUAAGUGAUGUCACUAUGAUAUCGCAGGCACUGAGAGUGACGGAGUGGAUGGCUCCGAAUGGAGGAAGUUCUGUGAAGAGGGAUGACACGGACAGCGGACACGACAAGAAAGAAACACCAGAGGUUCUUCUGUACUGUAGGUACAUCUGAGACAAGUAAGAGGACAAAAUAUGAACACAAGACAUGCAGCACAUGGACCACAGAGGAGAAGACGUGCAUUCUGUAUAUUCACACAGUGUGUAAUGUACAUGAAAACAUAAACAUUUACCAACACACA